AUGUCAACGACAAUACCGUUAAAACGUAUAACUUUAUACAAAAAUGAUUUAGGUUAUUUCGAACGAGUAAUCAAUCGUUCGGAUUCGCCAUCAGUUAUUCAUGUAGCAAAAAAGCACAAGAAAUUAGUUAUUGAUACACUGUGCACAACAGCCAAUGCCGUUACAUACGAUACCGAAGAACAUGAGAAUUUUGUAGCGGAAAAUACAGUGGAACGGUUUUAUUCGUUUGGGAGUUUUACCUCGUCGACAUCGUUGGCAAGUUUUCUCCAGAAAUGCAUUGGUGCUGAAGUUGUAGUCACUAUUCAAGGGAAUAAUAAAGAACAAACGGGUAAAAUUGUUCUUCUUGACGAAAUUCCAACAUUACUUGGUCAAAAUUCAAUGCAAACAAAAAUGAGUUACAUUGUUCAAUUUUUGAACAACGAUGGAUUCAUUCGGCAUUUCGAUUUGAGUAGCAUCGAUGGAAUUAAACUCAUGGAUCCGUAUCUGCAAGAUCAAUUGGAAAAGGUUUUGAGUAAAACAUUGAAUAAUCACAAACCAACUACGAAUACCAAUCCUGAUUCUGUUCGAAUCCUAUUCAAUACGAGUAAUUCAUCACCAUCAACAACUGCUGUUACAACAAAUGCCAAUGCUGAUCAUCAAUCAAAUAUGUUGAAUGUUUCAUAUUGUUAUGCAACAAAAGAAUGGCGUUGUUUAUAUCGAUGUGAAAUCGAUUCUUCAUUGGAAAAUACCAAUGCAUCAAAAGUUGAUUUGACUCUAUUUGGUUCAGUGAAUAAUCCAACAGAAGAAGAUUGGAAUCAAAUUGAGCUCGUUCUCGUUGCAAACGAAUUGGAAAUUCUGAAGAAUAACAAACCAACUACAGCUGCAGUCGAACGAGAUUCGGAUCGAAUAACUGAGACUUAUCAAUCGUCCGGUGGAAUGCAACUCUAUAUUAAAACACUCACCGGCAAAACAAUCACGAUCGAUGUGAGUCCAAGCGAUACGAUUGAAUCAGUGAAAACGAAAAUUCAAGAUAAAGAAGGUAUUCCACCUGAUCAACAACGAAUGAUAUUUGCCGGUAAACAGUUAGAAGAUGGUCGAACAUUGGCAGAUUACAAUAUCCAGAAAGAAUCAACUCUACAUUUGGUACUUCGAUUACGUGGUGGUCCUCCAGAAGAGAAAAGUUCGGGUUCAUCAAAACGUAAAGGUGUACCAGCUCGAGCGCAAGUCGUCGAUGACAAUGAUGAUGAAAAUUACGAAUCCAUUGAUUCAAGUCAAAUGAGUGGCCUUAGCGAACAUGUUGUUUAUACCAUCAACACACCUGUGACGAUCCGAUCACAUGAAAGUACUUUAGUGACCGUGAACAAAUGGCACAUGGAUGCACAAUUAGUACUUUAUUACGAUCAGAAAAUUAAUGAUUUAAAUGCGAUUAAAGCUGUUCAUUUACGAAAUAAUAGUGAUGUAGUUCUAGCACCAGGAAGUAUUGCAGUUCUCGAUCAAGGCCGUUUCGUUGCCCAAUGUGCUUUUACACCAAUGUUACCGAAUGAUGAUCAACUAAUCAAUUAUGGUUUCGAUUCAACUGUUUCAAUUCUUCGUUCAAAUCCUUCAUCACUCCAAGAAAUUCAUAUUCAAAGUGUUGAUAUCAUCUACUCCGAAAUAAGCAAACUCGAAACAAAAGCAACGCCAAUUGGUAUUGAUGUUCAAGAAGUGCAUAUCAAACGAACGCGUUAUUUAAUCAAAAACAAUUCAUUGAACCGACCGGUUACAAAAUUCUACAUCGAUCACGUCACCGAUUCAUCGUUGGGCGGUUAUGUUGUCAUGACACAAAAGAAAUGUAUUAAAUCAACAGUCGGUUUCAGUCGAUUCGAGUUGAAACUUGAACCACAAGAAGAAAUUGAAUUCAUCGUUGAUGAACAAGCACACAAUAGUACGAAGAUCUACGAAGCAUCGGGUUUAGAAACUUUCGUCGAAAAACAAGUACCGGAUCUUCUUCAAGCGAAGUUAAUCAACGAGAAAACAAUUCAAGUUAUUCAAAAUAUCAUUACACAUAAAUAUGUUCAACAAGUUCUUCGACAUAUGAUCGAUAAUAAAAUAACUAGUACACAAAUUCGAACAUGGAUGGUCAAACGUGAUCUGAUUCCAACGUCUUUGUUUGACAAAGCAUUGGCAAUUGCCGAUAUUCAAGAAAAAUUACGGGAAUUUGACUUGACGAUCAAGUCACGUGAAGCGCAUAUUAAAUCGAUAUUUGAGAACCAAGAACGUAUUCGACAAAAUAUAAAAUCAUUGGAAAAGAUUGAUAAAUCGGAUCUGAUGGUUCGAUAUUUGAAGGAUUUAAAUACAGAAGAAGAUGAUUUACAAAGUACAAGACGGGAAAUCAAAUCUAUGCAAGAUGAAUAUAAUAAAAAACAACGAGAGUUGGAAGAAAAAGAAGCGGCACUCAAACACGAAGCAAAACAAACGCAAAAGAAUCUUCGAUUAUAA